AUGGGCUUUCUUGCUCUCAUGAUUUUCUGUUUCUGCGGGUAUGUGAUUCUUCAAAAGAGAAAGCUGAAGAAUACUAAAGAGGAGUAUUUUCGCCAACAUGGAGGCUUGAUUUUGUUUGAUACAAUGAAGUCAGAAAAGGGUCUUGCGUUCACGGUAUUUAGUGAAGCAGAACUCAUACAUGCCACAAGCAACUAUGAUAAGAGCAGAAUAAUUGGGAGAGGAGGACAUGGAAUAGUUUACAAGGGUAUAGUUAAGGGUAACAUGCCUGUUGCAAUUAAGAGAUGCACACUCAUUAAUGAAAGGCAAAAAAGGAGUUUGAACAUUGUCAAGCUCAUGGGAUGUUGCCUCGAGGUGGAAGUUCCUAUGCUAGUUUAUGAGUUCAUCCCGAAUGGCACAUUGUUUCAGCUCAUCCAUGGUAGGAACGAGACAUUGCAAAUCUCGUUCAGCACCCUCCUAAGGAUUGCACAUGAGGCAGCUGAAGGACUCAACUUCCUACAUUCUUACGCAUCUCCCCCAAUUAUCCAUGGUGAUGUGAAAACCUCCAACAUCCUUCUUGAUGAAAACUACAUGGCCAAAGUCUCCGACUUUGGAGCCUCCAUAUUAGCCCCAUCUGAUAAAGAGCAGUAUGUAACGAUGGUUCAGGGCACCGUGGGCUACCUCGACCCAGAGUACAUGCAGACAUGCCAACUGACUGAAAAAAGUGAUGUCUACAGCUUUGGGGUUGUUCUCCUUGAGGUCCUCACCGGUGAGGCUCCACUAAAAUUGUACGGGCCUGAGGAAAAAUGA